GCUGCAAUAGGGGUAUUUUGGGAAUAUACAGGCCGAAUUUCCUGGAUACACGUGAAAGAAGGAGCGAUUUUUCUCAGGACAGGGCAUAAAACUCCCAUUAAACCUACCGAUCGGAGCCUAGACCAGGUCCUGGCAACACACGGUGAAUGUGACCUCCCAGAAACCCAUGCCGCUCCGCAGUUGAGCAACUCUUCUCAGGCGCCGAUCGAGGAACGUAUAAAGAGCUGUCAUGGGAUGACAAGGGAGGGUCUCAGUAACCUCUCCAAAAAUGUCCGGCGGGUGGCUUUUUUCCUUCAAUCACCGUCAACAAGCGAACGAGCGGGCGCGAAAGAGACGUCUUCAUUCCUUUCCCGCGGGAAGCGGCUCCGACUCCCUCCACUUCAUGAUUUAUCCAAGCGAUCUCGAGUUCACGUCCUUCACAUUACCGGCCGAGGAUAUCGUCUUCCGCUGUGCAACGAAGUGGGGUGUGUCGACUAUCACACGUCAAGCCGCAGGCCAGUCGACAGACCUGGCUACGAUUGAGUGGGAUUAUACUGGUAAGAAGAUCCGGGCCACGAUCCAAUUUCAGGGACAUGGGAAGCGGUCCUUGGGAGACUUCUUAGAGCCGGUCGACGAUCAUGGAAUUGAACACCAAUUUCGAGCUGGCAAUCGCAUUCUUCACUGCGCGUACACGUCGGAUCGGUUCGUGCUGACGAGCCCUGAUGAUGUACUUCUGGGAUACGACACCCGUGUCCCGUCUGGUUUUUCACGCCACCCUGUGCCCGAAACGUUCGAUGCGUCCGUCGAUCUUCUCGAUGCAAUGGGCACUGUAUUCGCCGCAUACAUCUGUAUGGAGAGAUUCAGGCUCGAUGGUCGAACAUCUAUCACAGCAAAGCCAUAUUCGCAAGCAUGGCAGAUGACUGGCCCUGGAGGACUCAGCUUGCAAGCUCCUGAAAACGCUAUGAAUUGAGGCCGCACCUUCACAAAUCUGAUCGAAUUCCAAAUUUGUUCUUCUUUAGUACUUGGUCAUGGGAACUGUUGUAGUUCACAAGAACCUCCAUUUGGCCUCCACCUUCCAAUCGUUUUGGUCGGAACUCCUCGAAGCAUAGUACGACGGUGGAUGCUUUACUAGUGAGUUUUGA